AUGGCCUCGCAGCUCGACCUCCCGUCCUGCGCCCAGAGCACCAUCCUCUUCGUCGCCUCCCCGCCAUGGCACCCUACAGCAGAGCACCACGGCGACCAUCACCUGCGCCUCCCCGAGCAGGAACUCCUCCUUCCCUGCACCCGUGCUUCGCUGACCGGAGGCGUCGUCCUCGACCGUCGCCAGCACCACUGCCCCACUUACGUCCUCAACCUCCUCCCUCCACGCGCUGUCAAGUUUCGGGAGCCGCCGCUAUUUUGCUUUUGCUGCUGCAUCUCCGGCCGUCUACAGGCGACCACGCCCGGUGUCUGCGAUGCCUGCUGCUGCCGUUGUUUUCUUUCCCUUUCAACGAACGAGCAGCGCCUUCAGGGGUUUUCGCCAAGUUCUUUUCCAUAG